AUGGGUCUCAUUAAUCCCGUCUACGCCAUUAUUGUGCCCUUCCUCUUCCUCUUCACCGUCCCGCUUGCCAUAUUCGCCGGCAUCACAACAACGCUCGCCUUUACAGUCCUCAUCUUCCGGGUAAUACUUGUUUACUUCGAUCUCGCUCUGUCUCUCCUACCGUCGUACAUCACCGGUCGUCCCCAGUACCUGUCGUAUGCAUCCAAGUCCCCAACGUCCGGCAGCCCGUCGCCGUCCUUGACACCCACCCGGCGCUCGGCCUCGCGUCGCACAAGAAGGCCGUCCUCCGCAUCCGCCGUCUCCGUCGGUACGAUAACACCUAUUUCAGAAUCCGGUGGGCUAGGCCUUUUCCCUUCCGUCGGAAUCGACCGCGACUAUGAGGGUGUCGGCGGCUGGCGGCUAGGAAACGGUAACGACGACGAGCUGUGGAUGACCAUCAACUCGCGGCUCGAGCUGCCCGACCGACAGUACCAGCGGCACCACCACCGGAGCCCCAGCGGCGGGCCUACUACUCCCGGCGGAGGUGAGGGCUACCUCAUGAUGAAGGGCGGCCGUAACCGCAGCCCGGAAAGCAACCGGGGCGGUUUCACUACUAUUGUGUCGCCAAACAGCUCCCGAGCGCGGACACCAACAAACUCCCAUAUCGCCUUUACGGCGCUUGAUGGCGUUGACGGAGACUACUUCCCAUCCAUGUCGUCGCCAAAGACGGCGAGGAAAGUCGCCGUGGCAUAA